AUUAGAAAGGGAAGUUUUUCAAAUUUCCACCAGUUGAUGGAAAGAUCAUUGGUUUUCAUGGAAGGUGUGGCUUUUAUCUGGAUUCCAUUGGAGCUUGUUUUGGACCUGUCUCUCAUCCAUAUCCCUUCGAAGUCGUAGGGCCGUUUGGAAAUGGGGAAAACUGGUGGGAUGAUGGCAAGCAUAUAGAUGUGAGACAAAUUGUUGUAGUCUCUGGAUCUGCAAUUGAAUCUAUUAAUAUUACCUAUGAGGAGGGUCGUUCUUUUGGACACGGUGCAAGUGAUGGUGGCAAAAUAAAUACGAUAAAUCUGGACUGGUUGCCCAAAUAUCUAACUUCUGUUUCGGGAUAUAUUGCAAAUAAUUUGGGUUCUACUAUCAUCCAUUCACUCACAUUUCAAAGUAAUAAAAGAACACAUGGACCAUUCGGCACUGAAAUCGGAAGGAAGUUUUCAUUUCCAGCAACUGGUGGAAAGAUCAUUGGAUUUUAUAGGAGUUCUGGUUAAAAUCUUGAAUCUCUUGGAGCAUAUUUCGAACCAAUCUCUUAUCUAUAUCCGAUCAAGUGUAGCAGACCAUUCGGGGGCCAAGGUGGACACCCUUGGGACGAUGGAAAAUUUAAUGGUGUAAAAAAAUUAAGAUGAUGUUGGAACACGUUGUCACCUGCAUCUCCUUUCAGUAUGACGAUAAUGGCGAAUCAAUUUGGUCCUCUACACAUGGCCACUGUGGCAACGGAGAUAUCCAUAUGGUUAACUUGGACUACCCUCGUGAGUUCUUGACCUCAGUGUCGGGUUAUAUCGGACAUGAUUCUCCAGUUAUCCAAUCGCUCACGUUCGAAAGCAAUAUAAGAAGGCAUGGACCCAUUGGUAAGGAAGAAGGAAGGUUCUUUAGCUGUGCAUUGUCAUGCUGCAAGAUAAUCGACUUUCACGGUAGGUCUGGUGUCCAGCUUGAUGCGCUGGGAGUCUACUCCGAACCAAUUUCUGAUCUUCGUUUUUUGAAAUCCAUUGGGCCAUAUGGAGGUCAAGGUGGCAGUCCUUGGGAUGAUGGAGAUAACACAGGUGUGAGAGUAAUAGUUGUAAAAGGUGGAUCAGCUAUUGAUUCGAUUACUGUUGAGUAUGACAAGAAUGGUUCUGUGGUUCAGGGCCCUAAACAUGGUGGAGAUGGAGGACAUCUAACACUCGAGAUUAAACUCGAUUAUCCUCCAGAGUACUUGACUUCAUUUUCGGGUUACUUUGGAGAUUUUUCCGGGUAUUCUAUCGUUCAAUCCCUCACAUUUCAGAGCAAUGAAAGAACUUAUGGGCCAUUUGGUGUUGAAGACGGGAAGUACUUUUCUUUUUCAUCAACCGGUAAAAAGAUUGUCAAGUUUCAUGGGAGGUCUGGACGCUUCCUUGAUUCACUUGGAGCACAUUUUGAGCCUUGACAUGCUUUGUGAGGGCCAUGCAGUCAAUGUUUGAGUUUACAUGUAAAUGUGUAUCAUCACGGACAUUCUCAAAGGUCUAGAGGUAUUUAUAGGUCGGCUUGAUGUAUCCUCCGAGAAUAAAGUGUGUUAUAGCAUUUUUAUGGGGAAUCAUAUCUUCACCAACUAGUCUCACCAUCACCAUUACGCUAUAUUUCAUGUUCUAA